AUGUCGUUUCUUGAAGUCCUUGAUCUUGGUUUCAACUCACUCAAUUCAUCCAUACCAAACUCCUUGUAUAGUUCAAACCAUCUUCAAUUCCUUACUCUUGCUCUUAAAGGUUUACAAGGUGAAAUUUCGAUUGCCAUUGGAAACUUGAGCUCUCUCAUUCACCUUGAUCUUUCAGCUAAUCAGAUGCAAGGAAAAGUACCAGCUUCUUUGGGAGAUCUUUGCAAAUUGAAGGACAUGGAUUUGUCAUAUAAUGGAAUUGAUCUAGACAUUUCACAAAUCCUAGAGAGUUUGUCUAAAUGCGGAAUUUCAGAAGUCCUACCCACUUGGUUUUUGAAACUUUCCACUCAAUUUGAAUAUGUGAAUCUUUCCUCUAAUCAACUUAUUGGAAGGAUUCCAUAUUUGAAUGUAGGAAACAUUGUUGACCUAAGCUCAAACCGAUUCUCUGGUCCACUGCCAAGACUGUUGUCAAACCGAUUCUUUGGUCCACUGCCAAGACUGUUGUCAAACCGAUUCUCUGGUCCAUUAGAAUAUUUAAGUUUAUCAAGGAAUUUAUUUUCAGGAUCCCUUUCUGAAUUUGUUUGCAAUUUAUCAGUGACAUCAGUGCUAGUUCUUUGCAUUGAUACAAAUCUUCUCUCUGGAGAAAUUCCAGAUUGA